UUUGGGUCUGGGGCCAAGGCCUGGGUUUGGGAUCCGGGGUCCCGAGUCCGGCCCAGGCAGCGACCGUCCCGCCUCCCUGCAGCCCGAGCGGGAAGAAGUUCCGCAGCAAGCCGCAGCUGGCCCGCUACCUGGGCGGCUCCAUGGACCUGAGCACCUUCGACUUCCGCACGGGCAAGAUGCUCAUGAGCAAGAUGAACAAGAGUCGCCAGCGCGUGCGCUACGACUCCUCCAACCAGGUCAAGGGCAAGCCCGACCUGAACACGGCGCUACCCGUGCGCCAGACGGCGUCCAUCUUUAAGCAGCCAGUGACCAAGAUUACCAACCACCCCAGCAACAAGGUCAAGAGCGACCCACAGAAGGCGGUGGACCAGCCGCGCCAGGUGAGCUCAACGCAUAGCGACCCCAGCCUUCCCGGCCAACUUGUUCACUUCGGUGGGUGGACGUUUGGAAUAAGAUCAUACGUGGAGCGGAUGGAAUCCAGCUCAGGAGUUGCAGGCUAGCCCGGGCUACAUGAC